AUGCCUGCCAUCCCACCUACAUUAGAGACAACAAUCAUACAAACAUCCACAAUGAAUGAAGCCACAAGCCUGUUCAAGCGCAGCGGGGUGAACCCUGAUCAAUACGCCCUCUACAUCUUCCUCAUUCUCGCCGGCUGCAUUGUGGGAGGACUUAUCGGGUUCAGUAUAUACACCAUGUAUCAUGGUCUUGACGACACAGAGUAUAUGAAGGACGUGUCUUACGAGCAACGAAAAUACAUGCGCGAGGCCAGACAGCGGUAUUUGAACAUGUUGGCAGUUGAGGCGAGGAGACCUGAUAUGAUUGUUCCCAUCGAGGAAUUAAAUAUUUGA